CCUGCGUCCGCCGGCCCUCCCGUCAGUCAGUCAGGCUGGGAGUCGGUCUGAACGGCAGUCGCCUCCCCGGCCGUCUUGAGCGGCACCCUCCGUGCUCCUUUGCGGUCAGCGGCGGCGGCUGCACGGGCAGCGUCGCGGUCCCUCCGGAGGCGCGGCGUGGGCCGAGCGGCAGCCGCAGAGCGUCGAACCCAGCGCGGCGGCGGCGGCGGACCGGCAGCCAACAUGGCGGCGGCAGCGGCAGCGGGCGCGGGCCCCGAGAUGGUCCGCGGGCAGGUGUUCGACGUGGGGCCGCGCUACACCAACCUCUCGUACAUCGGCGAGGGCGCCUACGGCAUGGUGUGUUCUGCAUAUGAUAACGUCAACAAAGUUCGAGUAGCUAUCAAGAAAAUCAGUCCUUUUGAACACCAGACCUACUGCCAGAGAACCCUGAGGGAGAUAAAAAUCUUACUGCGUUUCAGACAUGAGAACAUCAUUGGAAUUAAUGAUAUUAUUCGAGCACCAACCAUCGAGCAAAUGAAAGAUGUCUAUAUAGUACAGGACCUCAUGGAAACAGAUCUCUACAAGCUCUUGAAGACGCAACACCUCAGCAAUGACCACAUCUGCUAUUUUCUUUACCAGAUCCUCAGAGGGUUAAAAUAUAUCCAUUCAGCUAACGUACUACACCGUGACCUCAAACCUUCUAACCUGCUGCUCAACACCACCUGCGAUCUCAAGAUCUGUGACUUUGGCUUGGCCCGUGUUGCUGAUCCGGACCAUGAUCACACAGGGUUUCUGACAGAGUACGUAGCCACACGUUGGUACAGGGCUCCAGAAAUUAUGUUGAAUUCCAAGGGCUAUACCAAGUCCAUUGAUAUUUGGUCCGUAGGCUGCAUUCUGGCAGAGAUGCUCUCCAAUAGACCCAUCUUCCCAGGGAAGCAUUAUCUUGACCAGCUGAACCACAUUCUGGGUAUUCUUGGAUCCCCGUCACAGGAAGACCUGAACUGUAUAAUAAAUUUAAAAGCUAGAAAUUAUUUGCUUUCUCUUCCACACAAAAAUAAGGUGCCAUGGAACAGGCUGUUUCCAAAUGCUGACUCCAAAGCUCUGGAUUUACUGGACAAAAUGUUGACAUUCAACCCUCACAAGAGGAUUGAGGUAGAACAGGCUCUGGCCCACCCAUAUCUGGAGCAGUAUUAUGACCCAAGUGAUGAGCCCAUCGCUGAAGCACCAUUCAAGUUUGACAUGGAAUUGGAUGACUUGCCCAAGGAAAAGCUCAAAGAACUCAUAUUUGAAGAGACUGCUAGAUUCCAGCCAGGAUACAGAUCUUAAAUUCGUCAGGACAAGGGCUCAGAGGACUGGACGUGCUCAGACUUCGAUGUUCUCCCCAGUUCUUGACCCUGGUCCUGUCUCCAGCCCGUCUUGGCUUAUCCACCUUGACUCCUGUGAGCCAUUUGCAGGGGCGGUUUCUGGUAGUUGUGGCUUCUAUGCUUUCAAAGAAUUCCUCCAGUCCAGAGAACUGUUCCUGGCACCCCCGUGUGUCACCCACCGGUGACCUGUGGCAGUAUGUACUCCCAGAGCACCUGCUGCUUACUGUUGCUUUAGUCACUAACCGCUUUCUGGUUUGAAAGAUGCAGUGGUUCCUCCCUCCUGAACCCUUUCCCAUGUGACGCCCACUGACCCAUGCAGUCACCAGGGGGAGUUCUUUCCAAGUUCUCUCAUCACUGGCAUGUCACUUUAUGAUAGGGAAGGCUGCUACCUAGGGCACUUUAAGUCAGUGACAGCCCCUUACUUGCACUUCGCCCUUUCACCAUAACUGGUUGCCCAGAGUGGGCCUUGUGGACACACCUGGGAUGGCGUUGCAGCCUUUUGCAAGUGCUCCAGUCUGGGGAAUCUUCAGAGAACUUGUCAGCCUCCUUUGUCAAAUCACAUUAGUCACUAACAUUUAAGGUAUGUGCUCUGCCCAGCUUUUUAAAAAGUCAGUCAUUUUUUUAAAUAAAAGGAAGAAAUACUGCAAUUACCAUCUGUAGAUUUACUAUGGUUACUUGUACCAUUUAUGGAGGUGUAACACAUUUGUCAAAAUGUGUUAUAUGCAGUACUGAGUAUUUGCAAGAUUCAGUAAAAAGAUUUAAAAUGGCAGCUUCACUCAGGAUUUAGUGAGAGAAGUACAAAGGUCACAGCAGGCCCGAUGUCACAGCAGAGCCCUGUGCACAGGUACAUGUGUGUACCCUGAGCCUCUUCAUGUGGUGGGCACAUUCAGUGUGGCCACAUUCAAUGCCUGCAGACUUAGCAGAGAGGAACCCUGCGUCUUUAAAUGAGAAAGUGUACAAUUCUUUUCCCUCCUACAGCAUGUCAGCAUCUCAAGUUCAUUUUCCACCUACAAUAUAAGAGUUUGUAAUAAAGCCUUCAUGAGCUCAUGACAUGAGGCACUGUUCUGUCGUCAAGCGCUCCACAAUGCUUGAUACUGCUGAGCUGAGACCAUCAGAAAAACUAGCACUGAGUCAUGUUCAGAGCUCUAUCCCCUCUCUCCUUGAUCUCUUUAAGUAUUUGUUCCCGCCACUGUGCACUGUGGCAUUGACUUGGUGUUCUGUCCCAGUGCGGUGCCUCCUCUUGACUCCCCCACUGCUCUGUGUGGUGAGAAACUUGCCUUGUUCAGUAAUUACUGUACCCUCGCAUGACUGUUACAGCUUUCUGUGCGGAGAUGACUGUCCAAGUGCCACAUGCCUAUGACUGAAACUAAAAAUCUAUUGUUACCUCUGAGUUGUGUUCCACGGAAAAUGCUAUCCAGCAGAUCACUUAGGAAAAGUAAUUCUAUUUUUAGCUUUUCAUUUCUCAGCUGUCCUUUUUUUUCAUGUUUGAUUUUUGACAGCAAUGGAGAAUGGGUUAUCUAAAGAUUGCCUGCUAAUAUGAACAGAAAUGCACUUGUAAUUCAUGGAAAUAAAUGUACAUCUUCUAUCUUCA